CGCCAGUUCCACUGCAUCUCCGUGGACAGCACCUCCAGCCAGCUGCCCAGCAGCAAGCGGAUGCGCACCGCCUUCACCAGCACGCAGCUCCUGGAACUGGAGAGAGAGUUCGCCUCCAACAUGUACCUCUCCCGGCUCCGGCGCAUCGAGAUAGCCACCUACCUGAACCUCUCCGAGAAGCAGGUGAAGAUCUGGUUCCAGAACCGCCGCGUCAAGCACAAGAAAGAAGGCAAGAGCAGCUCCCACCGAGGAGGGGGCUCUGCCCACAGCUGCAAAUGCUCCUCUCUGGCCACCACAAAGUGCUCGGAAGACGACGAGGACUUGCCCAUGUCUCCGUCCUCCUCAGGGAAAGACGAUAGAGACCUCACAGUCACGCCCUAACACAGCCCCCAGAGACUAACCCCUGAGAGCAGAAGGGGAUCUGGCCCUGGCCCGUGCCAAAACGCUGUGGAAGGAUUUUAUACUGUUUUGUAUAUUUAAUGUAAUUUACAAAGGACUUUCGGGCCUUUUUAGAAACCUUGUGAAUGCCGCUAUAUCGAUGGUUCCCUUGUAAAUAAACUGUCCGUGUGAGCCUAAAUGUUGCCAACUGUUGCUAUUUGACGUGUGGAGAGGGGUUUUUUGUUUUGUCAGCAGGCAAAACGCUUCCCUCGCCCCACCUCAGUGUUGUGAAUUGUGAUUCAUUGUAUCUGAUAAACAGCGAAUGUCCAGAGCAAUCUCUUUUUCAGCGCGGGGGGAGGGACGAGUUCUGUAAUUUGUAUCAGUGGUCUACAGCCAUUCCGCCUUAUUAUCUCCCAGCCUUUCGUCCCUCUCCAAAGCUAACGCGGGGCCACGCACAGGAUCGCUGCGGUGAUCUCCAGAGGCAGGUCAUGAAGCGUGAACUGGGGUUUGGCGAUUUGGUUUGUUUGGUUUUGAAGGAGAGAGAUCUGGGGGGAGAGGGGUUGGCUUUGUUUGUAAGGUUUGCUUGAUGGCGUUUCUUUCAGGCCCAUAGCUAUGUGAUUGUACGGUUUCUGUAAU